AUGGCAUCUGAGACUGAAAAGGCCCAUGCUCUUCUCCAGUCAUUCAGCACGGCUUCUGUUGUUUCAAGCCUAGGAUUGGGGAUUUUCUGUUUUGCAGCAGAUAGAUUUCUGCAGUUUUCUUUCAUUCAGCAAAAUGACUGGUUGCGGGCACUCUCUGAUAACACUGUGCAUGGUGUUGUGGGUUUGUGGUCUUGGGCAAUAGUGAUUGGACUCAAGAAGAAAAGCGACUUUUUGGAAGUAAUUUUUGCUGGUUUCCUCUCCUCUGUGAUUGACCUGGAUCACUUUAUCCUAGCUGGCUCAUUUUCAUUAAAGGCUGCUCUGACACUUCCACAGAGGCCAUUUCUUCACUGUUCUACUGUGGUUCCAGUUGUGUGUCUGAUGCUGAAGUUUAUUAUGCAUCUUUUCAAGCUGAAGGAUUCGUGGUGUUUUCUACCCUGGAUGUUGUUUAUAUCCUGGACUUCACAUCAUGUUCGAGAUGGAAUUCGUCACGGCUUGUGGAUCUGUCCAUUUGGAAAAACUGCGCCCUUGCCAUACUGGCUUUAUGUGGCAGUCACAGCCUCUUUACCUCAUUUCUGUUCCUUUAUUAUGUAUUUAACAGGAACAAGGGAACUGAUGUCUAUAAAACAUGGGAUUCAUAUUGAUGUCUAA